AAAUAAAUAAAUAAAAACGAAGAAAUCUCAAGCAAAUGCUGUAAAUUAAUGUUAAAUGUGUUAGGCUAAAAAGUUGUGCUCCCUAAAACAACAACAACAACAACAACAAAAUCAAUUAAAUAAUUUGUGUACAAAUAAUACAGUAAAUACCACUGUGCAGAGUGCAGUGAACGGAUCGAUCGAAAGUUUGAGAAGCACUGCAGGUGCGAGAUCAUAAAAGGGAACGUCAAAACGUAACGUAGCGAGGGACCACGUAAAAUCCGCGCCCUCUCGAUCGUCCGUCGUCGUCGGCGGUGGUCGUCGUCGUUCCGUAGUCUCUCUCGCAGUCUUCGUUCUUCACAGUUAGCAAUACGCGCCCCCUCGUCAGCUGCGACAGCUUUGAAAAGCCGUCAAAAUUGAGCUCUUAACCGCGCCCACCAUUUCCAUAUCGACGCCCUCGCCGCAACACCAUCCGCAGCAUCAGCAGCAGCAGCAGCAUCAUCAGCAGCAGCAGCACCACCACCAGCAACAGCUCUACCAACAACAGCAGCAACAACAUUACGGUCCAGCACCACCCUACUUUCAACACCUUCAACAACAACAACAGCAGCAGCAACAACAACAGCAGCAACAGCAACAGCCGCACCAACAGCAGCAACAACAACACAUGAAGUUUUUGGGUGGUAACGAUGAUCGUAACGGCCGCGGCGGCGUCGGCGUUGGCUCGGACGGCAUUAUAGGCUCGUCUCGUGGCGGCGGCGGCGGCGGUGUGUCACAGGAUGUCGCCGAUGCAGCCGGCGCUGCAGCGGCCGCUGCCGUCGGCUACGUCUUCCAGCAACGUCCCUCGCCCGGCGGCGUCGGCGGCGGCGGAGUGGGAGCUGGCGGCGUAGGCUCGACCUUGCACGAGGCAGCCGCCGCCGAGUACGCAGCCCACUUUGCCCAGAAACAACAGCAAACGCGUUGGGCAUGCGGCGACGAUGGACACGGCAUUGAUAACCCGGAUAAAUGGAAGUACAAUCCCCCCAUGAAUCCAGCCAACGCAGCUCCGGGCGGACAGCUGCAGCCUGGAAACGGCAGCAAUGGCGGACCUGGAGCCAUCGGAACCAUUGGCAUGGGCAGCGGACUCGGCAGCAUGGGCGGCGGCAACGGCGGAGGAGGAGGCGGUGGCGGCUCCGGCUCGAACGGCGGGCUCCACCAUCCGUCAAUGGCAGCGACAGCCGCGAACAUGGCGGCCAUGCAACAGGCUGCAGCCGUGGCCAAGCACAACCACAUGAUGUCCCAGGCAGCCGCUGCCGUGGCGGCCCAACACCAGCAGCAACAACAGCAGCAGCAGCAACAGCCGCCGCAUCUCCAGCAGCAGCAGCAACAGCAUCAUCUGAUGGGCGGAGGAAACGGCCUGGGCAACGGCAAUGGCCUGGGAGUCGGUCUCAGCAACCAGCAGCAUCCUGGCCAGCAGCAGCAGCAGCCCGGCGGUCAUCCCGGACAGUACAAUUCGAAUCUUCUCAGUCAUGCCGCUGCCUUGGGGCACAUACCCCCUUACGCCCAGUCGGGCAGCAUGUACGAUCACCAUGCCGGUGCCAUGCAUCCGGGCAUGAACGGGGGCAUGCCCAAGCCGCCACUCGGCCCGCCCGGCGGACCCCAGGACUACGUCUACAUGGGCGGACAGCCCACGGUCCCAAUGGGCGCUGCCAUGAUGCCGCCCCAGAACCAGUACAUGAACAACUCCGUGGUGUCCGCCGCCAACCGGAAUGCAGCGAUUACCACAUCCACUGCCAAGAAAUUGUGGGAGAAGUCCGAUGGCAAAGGCACAUCCAGCGCACCGGGGGGACCCCUGAAUCCGCUGCAGAUCCCCGGCGUGGGUGACCCGUCGUCGGUGUGGAAGGACCACACCUGGUCCACGCAGGGCGAGAAUAUCCUGGCACCGCCACGAUCGCGCGGCUAUGCGGGACACGGUGGCACCUCCGACACAUCCAACAGCGGCAAUGCGGGCAUAUUGAGUCCCCGCGAUUCACAGUGCGCCAAAAUGGUUGAAUAUGUCCUGGGCGGAUCGCCCACAAACAAGGAAAGCCCCUUGUCCGGCCUAGAGCCGCGGCUGCGCAACCUCAAGUUUGACGACAAUGAUAAGUCGCACGAUGAUAAGGAAAAGGCAAACUCUCCGUUCGACACAAACGGCAUGAAGAAGGACGAUCAGGUCUCAAACACAAACGGUGUCGUUAAUGGCAUUGACGAUGACAAGGGUUUCAAUCGCACUCCCGGCUCGCGGCAGCCUUCGCCCGCCGAAGAGACCUUGCCCCUGCCACGCCCCCAGAAUCUACUCGACCACUCACAGCACGGCGGAUUCCCCCAGCUGCCGCCCCCCUUCAACCACAUGCUCAUGGACCACGGACAGGGCAUGGGCGUGGGCGUAGGCGGUGGAUUGGGCGGCGGAUCCGGAAUGGGCGAGUGCCGCAUCCAUGGCAACGGCGUGGGCGGCGGCGGUGGCGGCGGAGGUGGUGGGGGGUAUGCGGCACACCAGCAGAUGGCGGCACAGAUGAACCAGUUGCAGCCGCCGAUGAUGAACGGCGUGGGCGGUGGAAUGCCGAUGGCGGCACAGUCCCCGAUGAUGAACCACCAAGGAGCUGGACCCAAUCACAUGGAGUCUCCCGGCAAUCUGUUGCAGCAGCAGCAAAAUUUUGAUGUUCAGGUGAGUGGAGCCGAUUCGAGGCCUUGA